GCCGUGUCUCGGGUGUGUGUGAGUGUGACACAGCCAUCCGUGCUCCAGAACAGCUGCUGAGGCCGGCCGCGGCAGCAGGAGAGCAGCGGCAGCAGCAGGAAGGCAGCCAGGGCAGCAGCGGCAGCACCCCCACCACCCCCGCCAUGGUGAAGAUCGUGAAAGUGCAGACCAAGGCUUACCCGGACCAGAAGCCCGGCACGAGCGGGCUGCGCAAGCGGGUCCGGGUGUUCCAGGAGAGCGCCCACUAUGCAGAGAACUUCAUCCAGAGUAUCCUGGCCACCGUGGAGCCGGCGCAGCGGCCCGAGGCCACGCUGGUGGUGGGGGGCGACGGCCGCUUCUACAUGCAGGAGGCCAUUCAGCUCAUCGUGCGCAUCGCUGCGGCCAACGGGAUUGGAAGAUUAGUGAUUGGGCAGAAUGGUAUUCUUUCCACCCCAGCUGUGUCCUGCAUCAUUAGGAAAAUCAAAGCCAUUGGCGGGAUCAUUCUGACAGCCAGCCAUAACCCCGGCGGCCCUAAUGGAGACUUCGGAAUCAAGUUCAACAUCUCCAAUGGAGGACCAGCUCCUGAAGCCAUCACAGAGAAAAUCUUCCAGAUCAGUAAGACGAUCGAAGAGUACGCGAUUUGCCCGGACUUGAAAAUCGACCUCAGCGUCCUGGGGAAGCAGCAAUUUGACUUGGAGAACAAGUUUAAACCAUUCACAGUGGAAAUCGUGGAUUCGGUGGAAGCUUAUGCCACCAUGCUGAGGAACAUCUUUGACUUCAGUGCCCUAAAGGAGCUGCUUUCAGGCCCCAACCGGCUCAAGAUCCGCAUCGAUGCCAUGCACGGAGUUGUGGGGCCGUAUGUCAAAAAGAUCCUGUGUGAAGAGCUUGGUGCCCCUGCAAAUUCAGCUGUCAACUGUGUCCCACUGGAGGACUUUGGGGGCCACCACCCUGACCCAAACUUGACCUACGCGUCUGAUCUGGUGGAGACCAUGAAGAGUGGAGAACAUGACUUUGGGGCUGCCUUUGAUGGAGAUGGGGAUCGAAACAUGAUUCUGGGGAAACACGGAUUCUUCGUUAACCCUUCGGACUCUGUGGCCGUCAUUGCUGCCAACAUCUUCAGCAUUCCUUACUUUCAGCAGACGGGGGUGCGGGGCUUUGCCCGCAGCAUGCCCACCAGUGGGGCGCUGGACCGGGUGGCCAACGCUACAAAGAUCACUUUGUAUGAAACUCCAACAGGCUGGAAGUUUUUUGGGAAUCUGAUGGAUGCAAACAAGCUGUCCCUCUGUGGGGAAGAAAGUUUCGGGACGGGCUCUGACCACAUCCGUGAGAAAGAUGGCCUGUGGGCCGUCCUGGCUUGGCUCUCCAUCAUUGCCAACCGCAAACAGAGUGUGGAGGACAUCCUGAAGGAUCAUUGGCAGAAGUUUGGGAGGAACUUUUUUACCAGGUACGAUUAUGAAGAGGUGGAGUCGGAGGGUGCCAACAAGAUGAUGAAGGACCUGGAGGCCCUCAUGUUUGAUCGCUCCUUUGUGGGCAGGCAGUUUACAGUGGGGGACAAGGUUUACACUGUGGAGAAAGCAGACAACUUUGAGUACAGUGACCCAGUUGAUGGAAGCAUUUCAAGAAACCAGGGCUUACGGAUCAUUUUUGCUGAUGGUUCUCGAAUCAUCUUCCGACUAAGCGGGACGGGCAGUGCUGGGGCCACGAUCCGACUGUACAUCGAUAGUUAUGAGAAGGACGCGCCCAAGAUCUACCAGGACCCCCAGGUCAUGUUGGCUCCCCUCAUUUCCAUCGCCCUGAAGGUCUCCCAGCUCCAGGAAAGAACCGGCCGCUCCGCACCCACCGUCAUCACAUAAGCUCCCGUCCCUAGACGCGUGGCCCACCACACCAAGGCCUCCUUCUAAGAACAAGAAAAAAUUAUGUUUUUACUCCGGCUUUUCAUUCUCAAUGUUUUCCCCCAACGUGUUAAUGUAUGUUGACAAGGUACUAGAAGCUGAGGAAAGAAUGGAGGCUGUGGUGCUACGGGAGUGAGCCCUUCCAUACCCCACCCCCUUUUGCAUCUGGCAGACGAAGCAGGGUGGUGCAUGGGAUAGAGCACUUGACUGGGAGGCAGGAAAGUCCUGAGUCUGAAUCCUACCUCUGACAUUUACUAGCUGUGUGACCCUGGACAAGUCCUUUUCUCUCUCAGGGCCUCAAGUACUGGCCUGGUCUUAAUUUGCAAAGUCCUAGGUUUGUGAUUUCCCUUAGUGAAGGGACUUUGCACACCAGGGAGGUCCUACAUGGAUGAAAUCAGUUCUUUUCUUCAUCCCAGCACAUUGUGCAUGGGAUCUGGACAGGAAAGGACCCCAGGGGAUGAUCUAGCCCAAGCCCCUUAAUAUUACAGGUGAAGAAACUGAGGCCAGGGAGAGCAGGCCUCUUGCUCAAGUCACACAGGUGCUAAGCCUCAGAGGUGGAACCUAACUCCAACCUGAUGGAUGUUUGCCUGCCUUUUGUCAUAGGACAAGAUUGGAUCGAACUCUCAGGCCCACACGACCUUCCACUGUCAGAACUCCCAAUGAGUCAGUCAUGUGGCCACUGGUGUUUCUUCCCCAAUGUGGGGAAAAUCACUUGAUUUUCAUUUCUGGUUUUUGUCUGGAAUGUAUCAUGUCGACACCAUCAUUUCAGGUGCCUUCUCCUCAAUCAGUGUUGAUUGAUUUUCACCAUGUUUCCCAUCAUUUGCUUAUACAAGUAUGGCCAGAUAUUAAACAGAAUUGGGUCACGUUG